AUGCGGAGCAGGCAAACGAAAGGGUCCCUUUCCACUGGGGACCCUGACGGCCUCUACCUCAGCCGCAUGCUCAGGGUCAGCAUCCACAGUGACUACCCGUACUCCUCGUCUGGAGACACCCUCCAGAGGAUGGGGAACCUGGAGAGGCAUGAGGAUCCAGCCGUGAGCCGAGAUCCAGGCCCCCAAGACAACCCACAGCCACCGGCCCCAAACCACGGUGCCUACAACGUGGGAGAAAACAUUUUCGGGCUCUCCUUCCCAAGAAGGCUCUGGAGGAUCGUGGAGGACAACACCUUCACGUCCGUGUGCUGGAAUGAAGACGGCGACACUGUGGUCAUCGAUGAAGACCUUUUCCAGAGGGAGAUUCUCCACCGGAGGGGCCCAGAGAGAAUCUUUGAAACUGACAGCUUGAAGGGGUUCAUCCGCCUAAUGAACCUGUACGGGUUCAGCAAAAUACGCCCAAACAACCCUUCGGUUCAUGCCCCAGGGAACAGGAAAACGAUGCUCUACCGCAACUCCCGCUUUCAGCGAGACAGGCCAGGGCUGCUGGAGAAUAUUCAGAGAAAAAGUGACCUGAGAACUGUCACCGGGUGGCCAGGGAGCAGCGCAACACCGUCAAAGAGAAAGAAGCCCGUAGUACCUACAAGACGGUCCCCACGAAUCCAUCACAAGGAAUCCACCAAGGAGGACAAGGCGGCCCCCAAAGAAGGCCCAAAUGUUCCGGGACCCAGUGGCACCGAGUCCUUUACCUUCUCUGGUGUCUGGUCCCUGAGCAGCGCGGCGGGGUGUGACACGGAGAAUCCUGCCUCCAGGGAGCAGGGCGGCCCAUGUGGGGAGGGCACCUCCAGGAAUGACACAGUUGCGCCCCCGACUACCACCGGAAGGGAGGGCGCGGGGGAGCUGCCCACCGCCCCCGCACUCUACCCAGAUUACGGGUCAGUGAUGUCGCUGUACAACACCUGCUAUUCCAUCCUGCUGGCUGCCCUUUCGGUCAUGUCCCCAGACGAGGUCCCCAGUGAGAACGAGAACGAGAACGAGAACGAGGAGGAGGAGGGCUCCUCAGAUUACAGGUGUGCCCUCUGUGAACAUUUCAAGGACAAUCCAGGUCCCUAAGCUCACAG